GCCAAACUGAAGUUGCAGGCAUAGAUUCUUCGUCAUUUUCCUCGCAAAAGGAAGCCGGUGAGCCGGAGAGAUUCCCGUCGUUUCGACGCACCGGAUCGCGGGACCUCUCGCCUCCCCUCCCUUCCCUUCCCUGCGCCGCCCACGGCAGAAUGGCGGGAGCCGACGGGGCGCAGCAACACCAUCCUUGCAGCAUCUGCAUGGAGCCCAUGGCGCCCUCCGCGGCCCACCGCGGCGGCGCCGCCUGCACGCACGCAUUCUGCGGCGCGUGCCUGUCCGGUCACGUCCGCGCCAAGCUAGAGUGCGGCGGCGGCGGCGCCGUGGUGCGGUGCCCCGACGCGUCCUGCGCUGCCACGCUCGACCCGGAGCUCUGCCGCGGCGCGCUCCCCUCCGAAGUCUUCGAGCGCUGGUGCGCCAAGCUCUGCGAGUCCCUGUUCCUCGGAGCGCGCCGCACCUACUGCCCGUUCCCGGACUGCUCUGAGAUGAUGGUGGCCGACGACGACGGCGAGGAGUGCGUGACCCAGUCCGAGUGCCACGGGUGCCGGCGGCUGUUCUGCGCGCGGUGCGCGGUGCCGUGGCACGCCGGCUUGACCUGCGAGGAGAUUGCGCGGCUCGGUGAGGGGGAGCGCGAGCGGGAGGACCUGCUGCUCGUGAAGGCCGCCCGGGAGGGCAGCUGGAAGCGCUGCCCGCGCUGCAGGUUCUACGUUGAGAAGUCCAGUGGCUGCCUGCACAUAACCUGCAGGUGCGGAUAUGAGUUUUGCUAUGGAUGCGGUCAGCAAUGGCAGCUGAUACAUGACGGCUGUCCUGGAGCAUGAAACAGGGCUUCGAGCUCUCCUGUGGCUUCGUUAAGCAAUGGGAGCUGAUACGUGAAUCACGUGAUGAGGGUUUCAAGGAUGGAGUAGGUAUUGAUGUUGCUAUCAGUAUGGUUUCUGUAGUCCCAUGGAACAAUGGUCCAUGGAUAGUCUGACAACCUUCUCUACAGAACUUUGGAACAUUCUUCUCUCAUGUAUGUUGUCUGUCUUCAGUUAACAUGCCAGACAUAAUAUCUUUCUUUAAUUUAGCUGAGUUUGACAGUGCUUGGAGUUUUGCGAUGCAUUAUAUACAGGGUAAUUGCAUU